CAAGAACAUGGAUCGAACAGCGACUAUGAUGCAGCAGCACUGCAUGCGCUGCAGGAACAUUGGCACGAGCUUGGACGAGUCCUAUGUGAACGUCAACGCCACCAGUGUCCACAUGCCUCCGUCUGCGUCCAUGUCGCUGUCCGUGAUGCGGGACAGGGAGUCGUCUCAUGCCGACGUGAGUUCCCAUGUCAAGAAGAUCCAACGACUCCAUGCGAUCAGCGAAAGCAUCACAGCUAGCGCAACCACGUCACUUCCAGCCAUGUGUCCUGAGUGUCUUCAAAUUCUCACGCAGAUGCUGGAGAAAAGUGACGCGCGGGCACGGCAGGAGAAGAAGGCAUUGGCCGCGUUCAUCGCGACCGUCCCCAAGCCCGUUCGAUCGUCGUCCAUCAAGUCGCCUUCCCCUGCGCCAUCGUUCCGUCCCGCCGAUCCGUCUCUAGUAGCCAUCCACGACGAACGCAUGUCCAUCCAAGUCGAGCUGCAACAGUUGCAGGACGAGUUGCGCGGCGUGGAGGUCGAGGAAGCGGCCAUGUGGGCGCGCAUCAACGACGAGCUGAUGGCGGUGGACGUCGCGCACGAUGCGCGGGACGCCAGUGUGGCGCGCCUACUGGAAAUGGAGUCGCGAUUGCAUAUCAUCCGGCGCAUGAAUGUCUGGAACGACGCGUUUUACAUCUGGCACAAGGGUCCAUUCGGCACGAUCAACGGGUUCUGCCUCGGGAGACUGCCACGUCACCACAUCGACUGGCACGAGAUCAACGCGGGGUGGGGGGACGUCGCACUUGUGGUCGUCUUGUUGAUGGAAACCAUGGACAUCCCCAUCCGAGACUUCCAAGUCGUGCCCCUCGGUAGCUACUCGAAGAUUCGAAGGCUGCAUCCGUCGCCUACUAUGGAAUACGCGCUCCAUGGAGGGGACAGCGACAACUACGUGGAGAGCCCAUUCAAUUUGGGUCUCGCGGCGCUGUUAAAGGUCGUGGCUCACCUGGGUGAAUAUGCUGAAGCAACAGAUUCAACCUUUCGGUUGCCAUACAAGAUUGGAGCGACGACGGCGGAUGUUGGUGGACUGAGCCUCUUGUUUGGACGAGACGAAGAAGUGUGGACAAAAGCGUGUAAAUCUAUCUUGACCAACUUGAAGUGGUUGCUAGCGUGGACAUCCAAAGCUGCUAGUACUCCCAUUGCCAAUGAAGGUACUAGUAGUAGUACUACUACGAGGCCAACCACGAAGGGAGGACGUCACUAAAACGUUGUGCUAUUGUGUUUGGGAGGUGGUUACUAUUGAGCUUGUGCGUCUACUAAGGCUACUAGUGCUGGAUGAUCAUUGCUACUACUACUACUACCAGUGAUCCGCUUCCGCUUUUCGCCGCGAUGGGCCGACAAGCAAAAGUGCAGCAGCAGUUCGGCUUCGUCGUUAAAGUCAGGGAAUGACCUGGGCACCGGUCGCUGCUGUGGUUGCUCUCCUUUGGUAUGUUGUCGCCCAGAAGUAGGAGGGGAUGUCCGGGGGACGCUCACUGGCUUUAGUGACAGCGACGUGAAGAACUCGUCCUCCAGCACCUGCAGCUCCUCGGCCGCCUUCUGGAUGGACUUGGCCGUCUCGACUGAGCUCUCGAGCACCCGGAAGAUCUGCUUGCCGAUGGAACUGUUGCCUUUGAGCUUCUUGGUCACGCGCAUCGCCUCGCAGUUGAGUUUCUUGGACAGAUACCAGCGCAACGACGUGCCGUCGGCAAUGUCCAGCAGCCCCAGACGAAAGAAAUGGAUCAUUUUGUUCGUGAACGCUUCUUCUUCGGGUGUCCACUUGCCACUGCGCAGACCAGGAGGACAUUUGGACUUGGUCGACCGCUUCGAGUCGCGCUUGUCAUGCAGGGACGAAGGGGAACUGCUGGUGUCGGACGAGUUGUUGUCAGAAGAGUAGUUGAUGGGAGAUGCAUGUGGAGGGAUGGGUGUACUCGGUGCUGCCGGGACGGGUGCCAGAAGGGGCUUGGGAUGUGGGACCCCUACCACAGACGGGGACACUGAUGUCGCAGCCGAUGGGAGCCGGAUAAGGAACCCAAGCGGCGCGGCAGCGGGUGUUGCUGCUGCGGACGAGGAUUCUUGGUGCUGCAGGCUAAGCAUGUUGUCUUGUUCUAUGGGUUCUCUUGCUUCCUUGAAGGGAGGGAUACCGCCAAGGAGCCUUCGGCGGCGGCGCGGCGGUGUGGCGG